AUGGCCCACCCCACGCUCGCAAGCCCAGCCAACCCCAUCCCCUGCUCCAAGGCCCGCGCGCGCAGCACCUGCCCCGGCCCAGUUUCCCCCAAGUCGCCUGGCCCAAGACCCCUGCCCCCUGGAACCCUACACGCGCGCCCCGCCUCCUGCCCAGAGCAGCGCCGUCGCCGUCGCCAGGAGAGCGCGCACCGCGCCCCGGAACCCGCAUCGCGCCCUCUGCCUCCGUGCGCCGCCGCCCUCCCCCUUCUCCUCCACGACCGGCGCCGUCAACCACCCCCCGGCCUCCUUGCUCACCCAUCCCGAGCACCUCGGCUCGCCCCCGGAGCCCGUGAGCCGCCUCCGCGCCCUCGCCACGCCGAGCCCCGACCCCGCGACGCCGUCGUCCGCAAGCCGCGACCGCGCCGUGUCGGCCUCGCCCUCGCCCCCGCCCCGGCCGCCGCGACGACGCCAUCAGACCGCGGGCACGCCACGGUCGCCACGUCCAGUAGCGACGCCGCGGCGAGUGCUCCCUCUCCGCCGAGCUCCAUCCACGACGCCGCACCGGAGCCGUCCGCCGCGCGCCGAGCCUCUGCUCCACUACGCCCCUGCUCUGAGUCCCUAGGCCGACGCGCGCACCUCGGCAUCAGCCGCGCCCACGGUGCCACCCUCGCCCGGCGACCUCGACGCCCCUGCCCCGACGCCGAUGCCGACGCCGCCAAGCACGACCUCGCCCCGACCACGACGCCUCUGUCUCCGCCCCGUGAGCACCAAGACGCCGUCCCCACCGCGACGUCGCCUGCAACACUGGUGCCCUGCUCCACCGUCGCGCCAGCCAGGACCACUCCCGCGUCAUGCCGUGAGCACAACGUCGCCUUGCGUCGCCAUGGCGAGCUCAGGGACCCUGCACCGUUCGGGAUGUCGUGCUCACCUCGCGUGGUGAUCGCGAACACCUCCCCUCCACCAAGCCAGAACAUGCAGCAACGGCAGCAUACCGCCGGUGAGCCACCAAUGCCCAAGUCCUCUGCAUUUUCCCCUUCCUGCGUUCACCAUGCUGAGAUCGGCCUUCGUGCCGUGUUCUACACCUUGCAGGGAGGAUGUGCCCUUGGGGCACCAUUGCCGCAUGGCUGGACCACGCUGCUGCCCUCGGCUAACCCCUGGAACCGCUGCAGCAAGCCACAACCACCUCCAACCAACCGUAGCAAGCCGUAG